GUGCAGGUCGACCUGUGCUGUGCAGCUCUAGUCAAGACGACUCCUGUUUCAGGACCUGCUCCUGGAUGUAUUUCUGUGAUGAUGAGUGUACAGCAUUUUGCGACUGCUGUCCUGACUACACGUCAAACUACACACAAUCUUCUGUUGUUGCAACACCAGGAGGACCCACUACAACAAGCAGCAGUGCUGGGCCGACACUGACACCAGCAACUUCAACAUCCAAAGUCUUGUCAGCAGCAGCACCCAGUGCAACAUCUGCAGUGCUGAAUGUCAACACAACCUUAGAUUCCACAGUCUCUAGUACUGCAGCAACUGGUCAAAUGAGCAACAGCACAUCUAUACCAGCAGAUAACAGUACAACCACAUCUGUCUCUGUGACAAUAGGACCAAGCACAACAAACAGCAAUACUACACCCGGCACGACAGGCAGCAUUGUGACAUCUACACUACCAAAUAUUACCACAACUUCAUCAUCCGCUGUCUCGGCAACAGCACCCAAUACAGCAUCUGCAGCGUUGAAUGUUAGCCGAACCUCGGCUUGCACAUUGUCUGCUACUACAGCAACCAGUACCAGCCCAACAGACUGUGCAGGUCGACCUGUGCUGUGCAGCUCUAGUCAAGACGACUCCUGUUUCAGGACCUGCUCCUGGAUGUAUUUCUGUGAUGAUGAGUGUACAGCAUUUUGCGACUGCUGUCCUGACUACACGUCAAACUACACACAAUCUUCUGUUGUUGCAACACCAGGAGGACCCACUACAACAAGCAGCAGUGCUGGGCCGACACUGACACCAGCAACUUCAACAUCCAAAGUCUUGUCAGCAGCAGCACCCAGUGCAACAUCUGCAGUGCUGAAUGUCAACACAACCUUAGAUUCCACAGUCUCUAGUACUGCAGCAACUGGUCAAAUGAGCAACAGCACAUCUAUACCAGCAGAUAACAGUACAACCACAUCUGUCUCUGUGACAAUAGGACCAAACACAACAAACAGCAAUACUACAUCCGGCACGACAGGCAGCAUUGUGACAUCUACACUACCAAAUAUUACCACAAAUUCAUCAUCUGCUGUCUCGACAACAGCAGCCUCCACAUUGUCUGCUACUACAGCAACCAAUCAAACAGGCAGCAGUGCAUCUACACCAGCACAUAACAGUACAAUUAGCAGAAAUACUACCUCAACACAGGCAGAUAUUAAAACAACUUCAUCAUCCACAGCAUCUGAUGCAACACAGCCAAGCACAACAAACAGUAGUAUAUCUACACCAGUAGAUGUCAGCACAGCAUCAACUACAAUCUCGAAUUCUUCAGCACUCUCCACAAUAAACAGCACUACUUCCUCUAUGCAAGCAGAUGGCAGCACAACUUCAGCACUGCCAACCUCACUUACAACAGUGCCCACACAAUCUGCAUCAAAAAAUACAACCCCAUCUUUGUCGUACACACUCUCUUCAACGACAACGCCCAGUACAACCAGCAGCAGAACAGCAGCAGUGGAUCUCAGGACAGCAUCAACUACAAUCUCUACUUCCCCAGCACCCUCCACAAUAAACAGCACUACUUCUUCUAUGCAAGCAGAUGGCAACACAACUUCAUCAUCGCCAGUCUCUCUUACUACAGUGUCCACACAAUCUGCAUCAACAAGUACAACCCCAUCUUUAUCAACCAUGCUCUCUUCAACAACACCGCCCAGUACAACCAGCAGCAGAACAGCAGCAGUAGAUGUCAGCACAGCAUCAACUACGAUCUCUCUUUCCCCAGCACCCUCCACAAUAAACAGCACUACUUCUUCUAUGCAAGUAGAUGGCAACACAACUUCAUCAUCACCACUCUCUCUUACUACAGUGUCCACACAAUCUGCAUCAACAAGUACAACCCCAUCUUUAUCAACCAUGCUCUCUUCAACAACACCGCCCAGUACAACCAGCAGCAGAACAGCAGCAGUAGAUGUCAGCACAGCAUCAACUACAAUCUCGAAUUCUUCAGCACUCUCCACAAUAAACAGCACUACUUCCUCUACUCAAGCGGAUGGCAACACAACUUCAUCAUCAAAAGUCUCUCUUACUACAGUGCCCACACAAUCUGCAUCAACAAGUACAACCCCAUCUUUGUCGUACACACUCUCUUCAACAACACCGCCCGGUACAACCAGCAGCAGAACAGCAGUAGAUGUCAUCACAGCAUCAACUACGAUCUCUCUUUCCCCAGCACCCUCCAAAAUAAACAGCACUACUUCUUCUAUGCAAGCAGAUGGCAACACAACUUCAUCAUCGCCAGUCUCUCUUACUACAGUGCCCACACAAUCUGCAUCAACAAGUACAACCCCAUCUUUAUCAACCAUGCUCUCUUCAACAAGACCGCCCAGUACAACCAGCAGCAGAACAGCAGCAGUAGAUGUCAGCACAGAAUCAACUAGGAUCUCUCUUUCCCCAGCACCCUCCAAAAUAAACAGCACUACUUCCUCUACUCAAGCGGAUGGCAACACAACUUCAUCAUCAAAAGUCUCUCUUACUACAGUGCCCACACAAUCUGCAUCAACAAGUACAACCCCAUCUUUGUCGUACACACUCUCUUCAACAACACCGCCCGGUACAACCAGCAGCAGAACAGCAGUAGAUGUCAGCACAGAAUCAACUAGGAUCUCUCUUUCCCCAGCACCCUCCAAAAUAAACAGCACUACUUCCUCUACUCAAGCGGAUGGCAACACAACUUCAUCAUCAAAAGUCUCUCUUACUACAGUGCCCACACAAUCUGCAUCAACAAGUACAACCCCAUCUUUGUCGUACACACUCUCUUCAACAACACCGCCCGGUACAACCAGCAGCAGAACAGCAGUAGAUGUCAGCACAGCAUCAACUACGAUCUCUCUUUCCCCAGCACCCUCCAAAAUAAACAGCACUACUUCUUCUAUGCAAGCAGAUGGCAACACAACUUCAUCAUCGCCAGUCUCUCUUACUACAGUGUCCACACAAUCUGCAUCAACAAGUACAACCCCAUCUUUAUCAACCAUGCUCUCUUCAACAACACCGCCCAGUACAACCAGCAGCAGAACAGCAGCAGUAGAUGUCAGCACAGAAUCAACUAGGAUCUCUCUUUCCCCAGCACCCUCCAAAAUAAACAGCACUACUUCCUCUACUCAAGCAGAUGGCAACACAACUUCAUCAUCACCAGUCUCUCUUACUACAGUGCCCACACAAUCUGCAUCAACAAGUACAACCCCAUCUUUGCCGGCCACGCUCUCUUCAGCGACAUCACCCAGUACAACCAGCAGCAGAAUGGCAGCAGUGGAUGGGAGCACAACCUCAGCUCCCAUCAGUAAUGCAUCUGAAACAUUAGAUAGCCUCACAACUUCAGCACCAACUAUAAUGAUGUCCAAACUUCUUUUCACCUAUGUUAUUCUGGGAAUUUCCUUUGUUUCAAUAAUCUGAUGUCAAGCUUUCAGGUUUAGUUCAAAAAAAGUUUAUCAUCUCUUAGGAAUCUGUAAAAUAUUACUGUUUUGAUUUUUUUUAAGAAACCUUUGAACUGUGUGAUCACACAUCAGACUCUCUGCUUGUGUCAUUGCCUUGUAUUUAUCCAACAGGGAUUUUCUUAGAGCUGUGUAUCUAUCCUGUCUUAUGCAACAACAGCUUCUUUAAAAAAAAAAAAAAAAAAAAAAAACAUAUUAUAUGGUGAGUCUCAUGAUGAUCAUGCACAACUGCCAGUGGAUUUUUUUCUCACUAUCUGGCACUGUUCCAAAAUAAGUUUGAUGCGCAAUAAAUCCU